CCUCCUCGGCGCAGCCAUCCUCGCGGCUGCCGAGGGCGGCAAAGCCCACGGCAUCUGCCAUUUGUCAUUCAGCCCGUCGGUACCGCCCCGAGCCUUGAUUUAGACACGUCUGGGGCGGAUUCUGGCCUCACUCUGCUGGCGGACGGACGGACGGACGGACGGGGCGGCUCUCCUCCCAGCCCGGCGGACCGCGGGCCUUGGCGCGCGGGGCGCUUCCCCGGGUCGCCGUCAUGGCCGCGGAGGCGGCGCGCCCGAGCUGCCGCGCCUGAGUUCCGGGGGGCUCCGGACCCCGCAGGUUUUACGACAGAGCGUGUCUGGGUGUGGACAUUUCAUUUAUCCUGGAUUUAUUGUGUUCCGGUCUCUAAGGUUUUUCCCACCUGAUUGACAACAUAGUCAUCAUUGGCUUUUGAUUGCUCUCACAUCUGAUGUGGCCUCUGUUUCAUGUCACAUCUGAAACUCCUCUGUACCUCAAACUUAGAAAGGUAUUUGCAUAGGAAUCAGAGGCGUUAAUCUUGUUUGAAGCCUCAGACUUCUGAAAGGACUCCCUGACUGCCUUGGAGCUGAUGUUUCCUGUCACCGAGUAGCCUGGUGACGCAGGACGUGCCCCAGCUCUCGUGAUGCAGAUCGCCUUUCUGCUCUGGAACCUCAUCCGUGCCUCAGACUUGCUCCUCUCAACCUGAGACUGCGUGGAAACUGGGAUGUGGGAAGCAGGAAGCAGAGAUAGUGGUAACUGAGAGGCCCAUGUCUGGGUAGAACCAGGUCCGGGACCACAACGCUGCCUGCCCCCUGGCCUGGCGGUCCGCUGCUGUGGCUCUGCUGAUGUGCUCAGCACCGUCCUUCUAUUUGUACUUAAAUGGCACAGCAUUUGGUCAGCGCAUCUGAAAAGGAAGGUGUGAGAGACAAAGCCCAUGGCCACCUACCCCUGCCAAUUAUGUGGCAAGACGUUCCUCACCCUGGAGAAGUUCACUAUCCACAAUUAUUCCCACUCCAGGGAGCGACCUUACAAGUGCUUGCAGCCAGACUGUGGCAAAGCCUUCAUUUCCAGAUAUAAAUUAAUGAGGCACAUGGCUACCCACUCACCCCAGAAAUCUCACCAGUGUGCUCAUUGUGAGAAGACUUUCAACCGGAAAGACCACCUGAAAAACCACCUCCAAACGCACGAUCCCAACAAAAUGGCCUUUGGGUGUGAGGAGUGUGGGAAGAAGUACAACACCAUGCUGGGCUACAAGAGGCACCUGGCCCUCCACGCGGCUAGCAGCGGCGACCUCACCUGCGGGGUCUGUGCCCUGGAGCUGGGGAGCACAGAAGUGCUGCUGGAUCACCUCAAAGCCCACGCCGAAGAAAAGCCCCCUACUGGAACCAAGGAAAAGAAGCACCAGUGCGACCACUGUGAAAGGUGCUUCUACACCCGGAAGGACGUGCGGCGCCACCUGGUGGUCCACACAGGCUGCAAGGACUUCCUGUGUCAGUUUUGUGCCCAGAGAUUUGGGCGCAAAGACCACCUCACACGACAUACCAAGAAGACACACUCACAGGAGCUGAUGAAAGAGAGUUUGCAGUCUGGUGACCUUCUGAACACCUUCCACUCCAUCUCCCCCCAGUUUCAACUGAAGGCUGCCCCACUGUCUCCUUUCCCUUUAGGGGCUCCUGCACAGAAUGGGCUUGCAAGUAGCUUGCCAGCUGAGGUACACAGCCACACCCACAACCCCUCAGAGCAAACCUCCCAGCCUGUACAAGCGCUGCCAGAGCUCCUGGCCCCCCUCCACCCCGUAGCAUCCCCCAGCUCUCCUCCCCCACCCCUCCAGAAUCACAAGUACAACACCAGUUCUACCUCAUACUCCCCACUUGCAAGCCUGCCCCUCAAAGCAGAUACUAAAGGAUUUUGCAAUACCAAUUUGCUUGAGGACUUGCCUCUGCAAGAGCCUCAGUCACCUCACAAGCUCAACCCAGGUUUUGAUCUGGCUAAGGGAGGUGCUGGUAAAGUGAACCUGCCCAAGGAGCUACCUGCAGAUGCUGUGAACCUAACAAUACCUGCCUCUUUGGACCUUUCCCCUCUGUUGGGCUUCUGGCAGCUGCCCCCUCCUGCUACCCAAAAUGCCUUUGGGAACAGCAGUCUCACCCUGGGGCCUGGGGAAUCUCUGCCCCAUAGGUUAAGCUGUCUGGGGCAGCAGCAACAAGACCCCUCACUAGCCAUGAGCACUAUGAGCCUGGGCCAGCUCCCCCUUCCUCCCAUCCCCCAUGUUUUCCCAGCUGGCACUGGUUCAGCUAUCCUGCCUCAUUUCCACCAUGCAUUCAGAUGACUGGUUUUUAAAGCGUACUUUUCUUAUUCUGGAAGAUGUUUUAAGAAGCAUUUUAAACAUCAGUUAUGAUACAAGGAAAGAUUUAGAAAGCAGGACUGGAAUAUGGUUUAUUCAGUGAUGACUGGCUUGACAGAAGAGAGUUCUCGAACUGCAUGUAUUGUGCCAAUCUGUCCUGAGUGUUCAUGCUUUGUACCAAAUUUAAUAAGCAAGUAUUCUUUAAUGGAACUGCAACCAUUGUCAUAACCGACAUCCAUACGAGGGCUGCUAUAUAUAGGUGUUUGUCAAAUUGAACUUAAUCGUAAGCCAUGAUCAUAAUAACGUUAAGUAAAUAACUUUAUGUGGCACUGCCUAGUAAGGGAACUAUGGAAAGGUUUGGGUUUCUCCAAAAUGGGAGAAUUUUUAAAAUAAGAAAAUAACCUUUAUAUUGCAUAUUAUGACUAGGCUGUGUAUUUCUUUUCAGGGAUUUUUCUACCUUCAGGGUUGGAUGUAGUUUAGUUACUAUUGCCAUAGCCAACCUAUAGUUUUACAGAAACAAUUUCUUGUGGAAUAAUAGACGUCUCCAUUUUAAAAAAGCAUUUUAAAUGUAGUUUGAAUAUUUUCCACAGGAUGCUACAAUGUGAGUUAUCACUUCAUUUAUCUUAAAGACAAACUGACUGUCAGUUACAUCUGACAGAAAAAAAAAAAAAAAUCACUGUGUAACCAGGUUAAGUGGUAAAAUAAUCCAGGCGUCAGUCAAAAAAAGCAUUUUACUGACUUUAAUAUUGAUUAUAUUUUUAACAGGAAUUUAAGAAUAUUACUGGAAUUUUAAAAUAUAUAUAUAUAUAUAUAUAUUAAACAAGAAUUUCCUUUGCUCUGUCUGGCUUAAAAUACUACUCUGCUUAAGUAUUUUUAAUCACCAAUAAGUAAAUGCAUUUUAAAAUUCAUCAUUUAAGUCAAUAUUAGUUUUAUUCAAAAAAGAUAACAUUUUACAAUGUAACUAUAAUCUAUCUCUUGAAUUUGGUAUCUAAUGAGUUUUUAAAAUAUAAAACCUAACCUUUUUUUAAAGCUCCUUUGUCUUUUGU